CACCAGACAUAGAGGAGGAAAAAAAGCAAAGUGAUCCAUUGAACCAGAGUCUUUGCCCUCUCUUAAUUACGUCGAGUCCCAUAUCUUUCCCCUUUUUUUUCCACCUUUUUCCUGCACUCUUUAAGACGCUGGGCUCGUGGUAAUUAGUUAGAAGAGAAUAAAACCAGCUGAUCGGGAGAGGGGUGGUGCAUUUUGGAGCGAGAUGGCUAACAGAAACAUUCUGUUGCUCUUCUGUGGACUCUUCCUCUUAGCAGUGAUUCAGCCCUCUCUGCAAGGAGGUGUGUACGUACCACCUGGUGCUGGGAUUGGACCUGGAGGCACUGGACCAGGAACUGGAUUCUUUCCAGGGGCUGCUGGAGGAGUCCCUGCGGGCUAUAAACCAGCUAAAGCAGCAGGAGGUUAUGGAGUUGGAGGCCGUGGCGUUGGGCCAGGUGGUCUGGUGCCAGGAGGUGUUGGGACUGGUGGAUUGGGCAUUGGAGGACUGGGAGCAGGACAAGGUGGAAAGCCCCCUAAACCAGGUUAUGGCAGUCUAGGAGCUGGCGGUCUUGGAGGUGGUGGCCUGGGAGCUGGAGGUUAUGGAGGAGGUGGUUAUGGCGGAUAUGGUGGAGGCGCUGGAGGCUUCUUCCCAGGAGCUGGACAGAAGGCUGCCAAAAGAGGUGCAGGAGGUCCACUGCUACCACAUGGAGGGACUGGAGGAACUGUGCUUGGGGCAGGAGGAGGCACUGGUGGCACAGGAACUGGAGCCGCAGUGCCCGCUGGAGUACCUGUUAUUCCUCAGACAGGCCUUCCAGGAGGGGGUGGAGGUGUUGGUGCUGGCGGAAAGAAAGCUGCCAAAGUCCCAGGUGUGGGUGUGCCUGGACUUUACCAAGGUGGACUGGUGCCAGGACAAGGGUUUGGUGGACGUGGCGUUCUGCCUGGGGUGGCCACUGGAACUGACCUGAAUCCCAAAUCAAUUGGAGGAGGAGGAGGACAAGGAGGUCAAGGACCAGGAGGCCGUGGGUUUGGUGGGCCGAUGCAGCCAGGAGUGUUUCAUGGAUACCCCCUCAAAUUACCCAAACUGCAAGGUGCCUAUGGAGCAAAAGCUGGAGGUGGCAAACUGCCUUUAGGUUACGGUUAUGGUAAUGGUGGCGCUGGGACAAGGCCUGGAUAUCCUGUUGGAACCGGCGUGGGGCCCGGGGGCCUCACACCUGCUCAGGCUAAAGCUGCAGCUAAAUAUGGCUUGGGUGGUGUUGGUGGCGUUGGGGGUGUUGGUGGCGUUGGUGGCGUUGGAGGCGUUGGAGGCGUUGGUGGUGUUGGAGGCGUUGGUGGACUGUAUCCAGGGCAGGUGCCAGGAGGAGUGGGGGUGGGGGGCCUCACACCUGCUCAGGCUAAAGCUGCUGCUAAAUAUGGCUUGGGUGGUGUUGGUGGUGUUGGUGGUGUUGGUGGUGUUGGCGGCGUCGGAGGCGUUGGUGGUGUUGGAGGCACUGGUGGACUGUAUCCAGGGCAGGUGCCAGGAGCAGGAUUUGGAGUGGGGUCCAAGGCUGCUAAAUAUGGAGUGCCAGGAGGAGUGCCAGGGGGAGUACCAGGGGGAGUACCAGGAGGAGUACCAGGGGGAGUACCAGGAGGAGUACCAGGAGGAGUACCAGGGGGGGUACCAGGAGGGGUACCAGGAGGAGUACCAGGAGGGGUACCAGGACUGCUACCGGGAGGUGCACCAGUGGUUGGUGGAUAUUCACCAGCAGCCAAAGCAGCUAAAUAUGGGCUAGGAGGUGCAGGAGGACAGUUAGGGGCUGGGGGACUUGGAGGCGGACUAGGAGGAGGACUGGGAGGAGGACUGGGAGGAGGACUAGGAGGAGGACUAGGAGGAGGAUUGGGAGGAUAUGCUGCUGCCAAAGCUGCUAAAUAUGGAGCAGGGGGACUGGGAGGCAUAGGGGGACUGGGAGGCACAGGAGGAUUUGGAGGAACACCAGGACAGGGAGGACCAGGAGGACUGGGAGGAGCAGCAGGAUAUGCUGCUGCUAAAGCUGCUAAAUAUGGAGCAGGGGGACUAGGAGGAGCAGGACUUGGAGGAACAGGAGUACUGGGAGGUGGAGGACUAGGAGGAGGAGGACUAGGAGGUGGAGGAUACUCUGCCGCUGCUAAAGCUGCUAAAUAUGGUCCAGGCGGUGCAGGGGGAGUUCCAGGUGGUGGUGUAGGUGGAGGAGGAGUUCCUGGAAGAGUCCCAUUUUUACCAGGAUACGGAUCUUUGGCGGCCGGUGCUAAACCUCAAUAUGGAGUCCCAGGAGCAGGCCUAGGAGGAGGUGGAGUCCCAGGAGCAGGCCUAGGAGGAGGUGGAGUCCCAGGAGCAGGCCUAGGAGGAGGCGGAGUCCCAGGAGCAGGACAGGUAUUUCCUGGUGCAGGUGGAUUUGGUGGUUAUGGACCUGGUGCUGGAGUCAAACCCCCAAAAUAUGGAGGUUUAGGAGGAGCUGGAGCAGGGCUUGGAACAGGACAACUAGGAGGGACAGGAGGAGCAGGAGGAGUUCCUGGUUUUGGACCAGGAUAUGGAGGUGGACAAUACUAUGCUGCUGCUAAAGCAGCUAAAUACGGAGUUGCAGCAGGACCAGGAGGAUAUGGAGCAGGGUUAGGAACAGGACAACUGGGAGGAGGAGGAGCAGGAGGAGUUCCUGGUGGGGGACUAGGAGGUGGACAAUACUCUGCUGCUGCAAAAGCUGCUAAAUAUGGGGGAGCUGGAGCAGGGUUAGGAACAGGACAACUGGGAGGGACAGCAGGAACUGGAGGAGUUCUACCCUCAGGGGUUGGGGCUGAAGGCUAUCCAGGCGGUGUGAAACCACCAAAACUUGGAGGAGUCACUGGAAUAGGACUCGAUGUGCCAGGAGCCACUCCAGACACUGCUGUCAGUGGUGCCCCAGAUGGUUCUGCUGUUCUUGUGCCAGGAAAGGAUGUAGGAUUUACUGGAACUCCUCGACCAGAGCCCACGCCUAUUGCCGCAAUUGGCAAGACCCCAGAGGUCCCACGGCCCAGUAAGACUCGCAUGAAACCUCUGAAGUGAAAUCUAUGUUAUUUAAUAUAUUUUUCAAAUUGUAGAUGAGUUGUACGAUGUCUUUCUUCACUCUGAUGUAGUAUGAGACAGUCCACUCAGUAUUUGUGAAUGUGCUUGUUUAUCCCAAAAGAGGCACUUAAAGGGACAGUUCAACGCUAAAUUAAAAUGCAGUUUCCCCUUACCUGUAGUGCUGUUUAUCA